GAUGCUAUAUAUUGUUGAGGUCUGCCCUGUCUAUUAAGGUAACAGAGAGAGAGAGAGAGAGAGAGAGAGAUCUGAGAACUAAUAAUGGAGUCGAUAAAAGUGGCGGCGCUUUGCGGGUCCGUUCGUCAAGCCUCCUAUAACCGUGGCCUCAUUCGUUCUGCGAUUGAGAUAACCAAGGGGUCAAUCGCCGGCGUAGAAAUCGAGGACGUCGACAUCACGGCGCUGCCGAUGCUCAACACGGAUCUGGAAGGCGGAGGGAGAUUUCCACCGGUGGUUGAAGCGUUUCGUCAGAAGAUUUUAGAGGCUGAUAGCAUUCUCUUUGCUUCUCCCGAGUACAAUUACUCUGUCUCUGCACCUCUGAAAAAUGCUAUGGACUGGGCAUCUAGACCCCCAAAUGUGUGGGCUGAUAAAGCUGCUGCGAUUAUAAGUGCUUCAGGAGGUUCGGGUGGUUCAAGAUCUCAAUACCAUCUUCGCCAAAUCGGAGUUUUUCUUGAUCUUCAUUUCAUCAACAAGCCUGAACUUUUCAUAGAUGCACACCAUCCUCCAGGAAAAUUUGACAAAAAUGGCGACUUGAUUGAUGCAGAGACCAAGGAGAGGUUAAAACAAGUUCUACUAUCAUUGCAGACUUUUACUUUGAGACUCCAAGGAAGAUCAAAGUUAAAGAAUUAAUGCAUGUGUGAUUCUCAUGCAAAAAGAAACUGGGGGAAUUCUUGGCAAUGAUACUAAGAGUUAUCUAAACUUCUUUUCAUAUUCUGUUCACCAAACAGAGCAUUGUUUUAGGUUUCAAAAAUAAAAGAAUCAAGGCAACUUGGAACUGAAUAAUUCAACAUCUUGUAAUAUGAUUGAGCAAUAUAAUUUUAUUGAUAUGGAUGUAGAAAUUUAUUUUUAGAAUAGGGAAUUCUGUUCA